GCCAACUCUCUCCCCCAACCCCAACUAUAAUAUCUCAACCAACCUAUACGUCUCUCUCUCUGUCUUCUGUUUCAAAUCCUAAUUCAACUUGCCCUCUCAUAACUUCUUAUCAAUUUAAGGAUUCUUGUUGGCAAAGUUAACACAUGGCAGAGGAAGAACCCAAGAAGGUUGUUGAAACCGAAACACCCUCGGAGCCUCUGCCGCCAGCUCCCAAACCGGCCGAAGCUCCCCUAGACGUUGCGGAGGAAAAAUCCGUAAUCCCACCUCCUCCUACUGAAGAAAAGUCUGCUGAGUCUACUGAACUCCCAGCAGUCGAAAAGGCGGCGGAAUCGACUGAGGAGAAAACCACGAAAGGUUCUGUUGAUCGAGAUGCUGAGCUUGCUAGAGUUGCGACAGAAAAGCGAAUUUCACUAAUCAAUGCUUGGGAAGAGAGUGAAAAAUGCAAAGCUGAGAACAAAGCUCACAAAAAGCUUUCUUCUAUUUCGGCUUGGGAGAAUAGCAAAAAAGCAGCUCUGGAGGCUGAGCUGAAAAAGCUUGAGGAAAAAUUAGAGAAGCAGAAGGCGGAGUAUAUCGAAAAAAUGAAAAACAAGGUGGCCUUGAUCCAUAAGGAAGCGGAAGAGAAGAAGGCAAUCGUUGAAGCGAAGCGCGGUGAAGAUGUUCUCAAGGCAGAGGAGUUGGCAGCAAAGUACCGUGCCACCGGAACUACUCCCAAGAAGAUCCUUGGUUGGUUUUGAGGAAUAAAAUUAAAUUCAUCGAAAAAGUUUGGAUUAGAAAUAUUGUGUCAUUUGUUAAUUUUAGAUGUGUUUGUUUGGUCAUAUACGAUGAAGCAUUGGCCAUUAUUCAUUGCUCUGUGUGCAUCUGUAUAUAUUUGUGUGUUUGCGUGAAUAUUUACCAUUUGACAAAAAUUACUUAUUGAAUUCGUAA